AUGCGUGCGUGUAGUAUUUUUUUUCUGCAAUUAACUGCACUUACCAAAGCACAAGUUUUGCAAGGGUCUAGUUCUUCAGAAUUUGCUAAUGUCAAGGGUUUUUAUUCAUCUUUAUCGUAUGAUCAUGAGUUUAAAGUAGUUGAUGUCCCACAUAUGACUACAAAGCUGCUUCCCUUUCAGAAAGAGGGGGUAGGAUGGAUGGCUCAUAGGGAAAUCAAUCAUGUGGGUGGUAUUAUGGCCGAUCAUCUAGGAAUGGGCAAGACAAUACAAAUGAUAGGUCUUUGUUUGGUGUCAGACAAUGUUAAUCGACUUGUCAUAUCAAAUAGAAUGAAACGCCUUAUAGUCGAGUCUGAGGGUUAUCGAUUGCUCACUAUAGUUCAUCAACUUCAAAAAAUUAGCAUUGUAGCAAAUUGCUCCCGGCUGAAUCGGCCAGCAGAGGAUCUGAAUAUUAUCGCUUCACAGAUUAGGAAUGCGAUCUCGGAUAAAUCCAAACCUUGCGUUUUUUCAAACAUAAGGAAGGAAAUGGACAAGUGGCUUGAUUUCACUGCGAAGUUUCAUCCUUCUUAUCAAAAAAGGGCUAAGUCUUUUCUUGACGAUGAGGAAAAACGUGAUUUUGAGGAUAUUCAGUCGAAAGAGCUUCGUACUCUUGUAGUGGUUCCCGCAGCGCUCAUGUUUCAGUGGCAGAGUGAAAUUAAUUCUAAGGUUGACCCAUCACGUGAAUUAAGAGUUUACCUGUAUCAUGGGGAUAACAAAUGGGUAAGCAGCACGGAACUGGAAACCUAUGAUUUUGUAAUUACAACGUAUGAUACACUAACACACUCAGCGCAGAAUGCCUUUAUACCAGGAGAUGACCCAAAAAGCUUUGCGUUUAGUCGAAAGGAGGCUGGACCUCUGUUUCAUAUCACUUGGAAGCGAGUGAUUUUGGAUGAGGCUCAUAUGAUUAGGCAUAGUAAGACCUUUCGCUGGAGAGCAGUGAGGGAAAUUCGUGGUGUUCAUCGAUGGGUAGUUACAGCAACUCCUCUACACAACUCAAUACAAGAUUUACAAAAUCUGCUGCAUUUUGUAGGACUAUCCAAACUCCCCUUGUUGCCCGGAUCAAAUGCCGAGGAUCUUCUUAAUGAUCCGUCUCUCCAGCGCAGUAUCGCGCGCUCACUUCAGUCAGCCUUUUUACGUAGAGGCCCUGUCAUGAUUCGGAAUGGCGUCAGGGAAGUUCUUGUGCAGUUGCCACCGAAGCGGGAGGUAAUUGUGAAGCAACCUUUCACGGUCAAAGAAUCGCAAAUGUACAAUAGCAUCUUGGCCCGGUCAAGAAGUGCGUUAUCUUCUUCAGAAUACCAGGAAGGUUCAUUUCAUAUCUUUGCAAUGAUGACUAGGUUAAGACAAGCAUGUUGUCACCCCUGGAUCAGCCAAGGAAAGGCUGUGCAAGUGUCAGUUUGCGGAUUGUGCAACACAGAAGCAUCUGGAUCUGUCAUGACGAAAUGUGGCCACUCUUUUUGCUAUGAAUGUCUCAUGCUCCGGUUUCGUGAAGUGGUAGAUGGCGAUAAUGUUGCCAAUCGAUUACCGUGCCCCACAUGUGGAGCUGCUGUUUCGUAUGAUUCGGUUUUUAGAAAGGUUACCCAAAGUUCAGCUGAGCGGAUUGCUCGAUACAGACGAACUGAGUUUGAGCUGAGUACAAAGCUUGAAAUGAUUCUUAAAGCAUUUGAAAACAUGCAAUCAAAGUUCCCAGAGGAUAAAAUGAUUAUUUUCUCGCAUUUCACGUCCUUUAUAGAUGUCAUCAGUGUGGGUCUGGAGCGCUACGGGAUUGAAUUUAUGAGAAUUGAUGGCACCAUGACUCUUACCAAUCGAAACAUUACCAUUCAAGCAUUUCAAACGAAUCCAAACGUGAAGCUAAUUCUCGCGAGCAAAACUGCUACAGGGGUAGGUCUGAACUUGACGGCCGCGAAUCAUGUGCUGGUAGUUGAUCCAUGGUGGAAUCCGGCCAUUGAGGAGCAGGCGGUGCAUCGUUGCUAUCGUAUUGGUCAGAAAAAACCUGUCUAUGUGUCUCGGUUUAUCAUAUCGGAUACCAUCGAGCAGUACUGCUACGAAAUUUGCCAGAAGAAAAAAGAAUUUGGGGAUGCUAUAUUGCGUGCGGCAACCUCAGGUGAUUCAGGUGCAAAGAUGGCGGCCUCAAAGCUUCAAGAACUCGUUGCGCGAUUGAAAUAUGUCGAUGAGAAGGACUGUACAACCACUGAUAAUCUCACUGCCGGUAAGAUAAAACCAGUAACAGAAGAAGAAGAAGCCUCCAGCGCAGGCCAUUCUGAAGGAGUCCUAAUAACAAGGAUUUAA